AUGGAAAACAUAAUCAACGAAUACGAGACAGAAAGUGAGGAAGAAAAUAUCGAGAACGCGAGCGACGAUGCUUUAAAAUUAAACCGACUUUCAGGAUACACGAUUGCGAAUAAUAUCACUCAACCAAAUAGCGUUGCUGUUUCUUCACACUAUGUUUCUCAAAUAUCUAAAGUAGAAGAUCAACCACAAAACACAACUUUAGUCCCUUCCACCUCAUCGUUUUUUAAUUUGGGAGAAAAAAAAGAAACAGAAAUUAUGUUACCGCCCGGCACCAAAAUUCUUGAUGUUCCUUCUCGUAUUCUUUCUGCGAUAAAAGAUAAUAGAGAAAUAACUGCUAAUAAACAUGACCGAUUCAAUAAUAGUGCGAUCCCUAAACGACAAUUAAUUACACUUUCAAAAGAACAUAUAAAAGGUGUGAAUGCCAUAAAAUGGUGCGGUGAAUUUGGACAGGUUUUGGCCUCUGCUUCUAUGGAUGGCACUGUGAGAAUUUGGGAUGUAUUCAGAUCUAAAGAAUGCGUUAGAGUAAUUUCGCAUGAUGGCGCAGUAAAAGAUAUACAAUGGAAUUCGGAGGGAAAAACUAUUCUUUCAUGUGGAUACGAGAAGCUUGUCAAAUUGACCGAUUUAGAGACAGGAACAACCAUUCAAUCAUUUUCGCACCCGCAAUUUGUCACUUCGCUCCGUUUUAAUCCAUCACAAUCGAAUGUGUUUGUCGCAGGAAUGACAAAAGAUGGUCUUAUUUCAUGGGACAUGCGAGCAAACAAAAUAAUAAAAGAGUUUCGAAAAUUUUGGGGUAGUGUCAAUGAUUUGGAAUUCUUCCCAGAUAGUAGUCAGCUUCUUACUUGUUCUGAUUACGUGGUACGUAACUCGGCCGAUAAGAACAUUGUCGUUUGGGAUGCAACUGCCGUUUCUAAUCAAAUAUAUCAAGAAGCUUUUUCAUGUACGGCCUUAAGAAUCCAUCCUGCUCAAAAACAUUUUGUUGCUCAAUCCAACGCCAAUUAUAUCGCAAUUUUUAGAUUGGAAAGUCCAUGGAGAUUGGAUAAACGGAAGCGAUUUGAAGGACAUUUAGUAAAUGGACAUCCCAUUAGAUGUAAUUUUUCUCCGGAGCCUGAUAAUGGACGAUAUCUGAUUUCAGGAGACUCUAAUGGCGCUAUAUUUUUCUAUGACUGGUCAACAUCAAAGAUUGUAAAAAGCAUUGAGAAUGCACAUCAAGGGCCCUGCACUGAUGUUAGCUGGCAUCCUGUUUUGCGUGGUACUGUGGUUAGUUGCGGAUGGGAUGGUAGAGUUCUAAUAUGGGGAUAA